AUGACCUCACAGCUCAUGACCAAUCAGGGCAAAGGAGGCGGAGCUUACUUAAAUCCAAGGGGCUGUUGUCAGGGCGAAGGUCAGUGCGUUCAGAAUCUAACAGAGACGGAUGCCUUCAGAAGCGACAAGCUUUCGGAUCCCAACGUAGAGUACCGGAUGGACUACAAACGACGAGGCCAGGCGCUCAUUUUCAACCAGGAACGCUUCUUCUGGCGCCUUGGCAUGAACGACCGACACGGCACCAACGCUGAUCGCUACAAUCUCGAAAUCAGGCUGAAGGCACUGAACUUCGAUGUGAAGGUUUACGACAGCUACAAAAACGAGGAAGUCCUGGAUAUAAUCCAUAAAGCUGCCGAGAGUAACCACUCCGACUCCGACUGCUUCCUCCUGAUUUUCCUGAGUCACGGCGAGGACGAGCACGUGUACACCUACGACGGCAAGAUCAGCAUCCAGCGCAUUAUCUCGCUUUUCAAAGGCGACCGAUGCCAAACCCUGGUCGGCAAGCCCAAGAUCUUCAUCUGGCAGGCAUGUCGCGGUGACGUACACGACGAGCCCGUUCUGGUCUGCGACGCCGUGGACAGUGAGAUCAAGACCAACGAGGUGGUGACGGACGCGAGCGCCGUUCACACUCUCCCGGCCGGAGCAGAUUUCAUAAUGUGCUACUCGGUGGCAGAAGGUUACUACUCCCACAGGGAGACCUUGAAUGGCUCGUGGUACAUUCAAGACCUUUGCGAGUUGCUGAAGAAGUACGGAGACUCUCUUGAGUUCACCGAACUCCUGACGCUGGUCAACCGCACGGUAGCCGCCAGGAGUGUCCAGGCCAGCAAAGAUAAGGACUCCAUCGGGAAGAAGCAGGUGCCGUGCUUCGCCUCCAUGCUCACUAAGAAACUCUACUUCCGCCCGAAAAAGUAA